AUGAUUCCUCAGGCGGUCAUCAACGUGUUCUCUCGCAAUCCUCUGAAGUUCUCCAGACGUUCAUCCUCUCUUCUCGAGCCGCCAAAGGACGUGUCAGUAUUGCAGAGAAGCACCCGAGUCGAAAACCAGGGUGCGGAGAUCGACCGUCAUGUGCGGAAGGAGUCUUCCAGUAGAGCUCGAGAGACCGAUGGCUCUCCUACAAACGCGGACAACGAUGUGUUACGCGAAACACUCUCCAAGUCUUCGGAAGGAAGUACUGCUGAACCCGCUGUUACGGAGAAGGCCAUCUCCACGGCUGAGCACGAAGUCGCGGAUGAAGCACCGAAAGAUGAUGGCAGCACCAGCGUGCGAGAAUACGAACAAAUCGUUUCCAGUGUUGAGCAAUCCGAGACGCCAUGCCCGACCAUUACACCAGCAUUUUCUUCGGUCACUGUUUCAGUCCCUUCAUUUCGGCACAUUGAAACUAUGUCUGUCCCGACACCGGAGGAGAUACCAGCCGCAUCUAUGCUAGAUGUCAAAAAGGAUGCUUCUAUGCUUGACGUUCCUUCAUCUGACGCAGUAGCAGAGAAAGAAGACCCCCCUACCAGUCUCUCGUUCGCUUCUUUCGGGUCUUCCUACGACUCUGCCCCCGGAAAUAACAGUGUUGCUGCUGUCAACAGCUCGACGCCCUCUCGGUCUGCGGUCGUCAUCUCUGAAGUUGGCAGCCCAGCGCCUAUACUGUCUGAUGUUUUCUUCUCCGCACUCAGUAGCCCGGUGCCCGUGCAGUCCAAUGCAUUUGUGUCGGGUGAAUCUGCAGGUACUGGUGAAAGUUCGGAGAUCCUUGCUGAACCUAUCUCUGAUGCCUUGGAUGUGCUUUCUAUCAUCCCCGAGGUGCCGUCACGAGCGGAGUUGGAUGCGUCUGAUGGUUCUCCUGAUUCUGUGGAUGCUUACUUGGGAGAGAACGCCUGCAGCUUUGCCCAGCCGACACUCUCGCCUUCUUCAAAUUCCCUUGCACCUGCUCUUGAUGCCGAAUUAGGCGCUGUAUUAGAUGAGGGUGCCAUCAUUGACUCAGCGAAUGACAAUCCUGUUCAGUCUGCGCCUCGCUCUUCCCCUUCAGUUCUUGAGCCUGAUUCGGGCACUCCAGUCAAAGGGAAUGUCGCCACUGAAGCAGCAGACUAUAAAUGCCGGUCUGUCCAACCAAGCGUGUCGUCCCAUUCACUUGGUCCACUUGUUGAUAGUAGCUCGGGCGCUCUACGAAUUGGAGAGGCUGCGAUUGAACCUCUGGGAAUUCCUCUCCCCAAGACGUACGCCGACGCAACGAACCUCGCUAUAAAAUACCCUGAGCUGUCCCAACAGAUUUUGAAGCUCCCUCUGGCCAGCGUUACUGCAGUCGAUGAUGUGCGGACAUCCCCGACAAGGCCAGUCUCGCACACUACUGUGGAACCAGCAGCUCGUCCAACGAACACGCCGAUUUCUGGUAUUCCUAGUUCUUCCAGCGCAGGACCAUCGCAUAUUUCGGAGACUCCGAACUGGGCACGGGCGGCUGAACGGUCCAGAACCACUGGGACAUCGGUCACGCCAAAUUGGGCACUGGCGUCAGCCGAUUAUAAGACAUCUCCGAUAUCUCGUUCAUCUAGUGGGCGUGGAAGGGAACGCUCUCGAGGAAACUCUCGCGGAAACCGACGUGAUGCACGUUCCACUCCCAACAAAAUUGCAGAACGCGUCCACGACAUGCCCGCCAUGAUCUCUGCGACGAUGAACUGGACUGGAGCCGCUAUAGAUGCAGGCGCUUUAACCUCAGGUUCUCGGAAGUCCGCACCAGCCGCAUCGGCUGGCGGCAUGCCCUCCCUGGCAGAAUACCUAGAUCGUAGCUUGACCAUGUCUACUCCUGGAAGUGCUCCGAUGGCGUCUGGAGACGCGAACCGCGAACCGGAUGGCAUAUUCGAGCCCAACCCUUUCGCUACAGAGUUCGUCCCCGGGCGCAUGGAUAACCUUAACUCGACCGGCAUGCGAAGCCAGUCUUUGUCUCCUGCAUCCUCUCUUCCACCCUCGCGUCCUCCGAGCCGCUCCGGCGUCUCGCAACAACAACAGCGGAUUAUCCUACACCACUUGGGUAAGGUUUCCAGCGGGAACUUCCAUCAGGAUAUGAGAGUCCCCAAGCCAGAAGUCCGCGGGCAAGAGAUGGAGAAGACCAGUACCAAGACAGGUCCGAAAGCAGGCGAUGUCCCCGCUGCGGUGGCUGCGGCGCAACCAGGACCUGUGUCCGCGGGAUGGCGAAUGGGAGAGGAUGGCAUACUGCGUCGGGACUGGGAAUGGGGCUGGAUCCCCAUGCCGGGCCAAGAUACUGUGUCUGCAUCGUCUGCUGCUGAACACAAUCGGUUCCCCGCUGCGACUGUUACUCUCCCUGCUGCUCCUGUAGCUUCCCGACCCGUUAUUGGCACGCAGUGGAUGCCUGCCCCGGACGAACACGCGUGGAUGCAGCCUAACGGGCGCCAGACAACCCGCCAGGUCUCGCCUCCUUCAAGUCCGACAUCUACCGAGGCAGCAGCUCGCGGACGGAGAAGUUCUGAGGGUGGUGGACGAUCCGCUCAGCAGGGUGUCGCUAAGCAGCAUAUUUAUCCUAGGAGCAGUUUUGGGAACAAGGACUUCGUGCUCCCUCCGCCGGCGGGUUCAGAAGCUCUUGCAGUGGCACUCACGCGACUGGAAGAAGCUCACGACGCCCGCAGAGGAGCUGGCGUGCCCAGUUUCGUGGAACCGACUGGCAGGUCUGAAGCGGGUCCGGGUGUGGAUGCGCGACCUGGAUCACUAGCAUGGGUCCCGAAUAAAGACGCAUGA